AUGGUGUCGGAUGAGCCUCGUGGAAGAAUUGCCUCGGGUGCCGUCAAGAGACCAGCCGUUGGCUCUGAUGCUGUCACGGUCCAUUUGACUGCUUGCCUCGAAGGUGGCGGCUAUCGGCCGCUUUGUCGCCAAUUCCCGGUCAAGGUGCAACCAUCUGUUGACCUUGCCCAGUUAUCCCGUUACGCCAUGACAAACUUCGCAAGGUCCAAUUCCAACAUAGGUCAGCAAGUAUAUUUCGCAACGAGCAUGGGCAACAAUCCGACGGCCUGGCUGGCCACCAAUAGUGGUAAAGCUGUCCUCAACUCUACCAAAGGCAUGCAUGGCACCCGAGAUCCCGUGGUUGUACGUAUACCAGAGGGCGAUAGAUUCUUCCUCAUUGCGACUGAUCUCAAUGUUGACGCGGUGGAGUAUGGAUGGAAGGGCUGGGACUGGGCUCAAAGUGGUGCGAGUCGCUACAUCGAGGUUUGGGAAUCCGAUGACCUGCGAAACUGGUCGCAACAACGGCAUAUCCUUGUGUCACCAGAGGAAGCUGGAAUGACAUAUGCUCCAGAGGCUAUCUGGGAUCCCGAGAUUGGGGAAUUUGUUGUCUUUUGGACUUCGAGCAUGUAUCCAAAAGGGACGCACUACUCUAGUGACAAAAGCGAUCCUAAUGGACGUUAUCCGUUGACCGGAGGGCAAACGUUGUAUUCAACGACUCGGGAUUUCAUCAACUUUAGCCCUGCAAAAGUGAUGACAGCGCGAACUGGGCACGGGACGCUGGAUCCAGUCAUCAUACCGGACGGCAAAGGAUACUACCAACGCAUAGUUUCCGACCGCAAUUCCACAGGAGUAAAUCUUACUUGGUAUGGACUACCAUGUGAUUCAGAAGAUCUCUACCAAGAGAGAGCACGAUCCAUCCUCGCCCAGCCAGAUGAAUGGGAGCUCAUUGCAACGUGCAUCACCCAUCGCACAAUGAACACCACGUACGCCGAGGGUCCGCUUGUCUUCAAAGCAAACCUCCAUGAUUCUCGUGGUAAAGGUUACUACAUGUACGCAGACCAAAAAUGGGCUGGCUCACCUUCAGGAGAAUUCAUGGAACAGCAGUACCAGCCUUACUGGACUGCGGAUGUUGGAAAGCCAAACUGGCAGCCAAUCAACUGGACGCUGAAGCCUGACUACGAUCAGUCACUUGGAGUCAUUCGGCAUGGCCAUGUCUGGUCCCUCACAACCGCUGAGCAUGCAGCACUUCGCGGAGCAAAUUUACGCUCUAUUCAGAUAAUUCCCCCCAAGAAGCGUGUCUACAGAAUCGGCGAGUCUCUCGACCUCGAGGGCAUGGUUGUAUCUGCGCGGUACUCGGACGGUAUCACAGAUGAUGAAUUAUUUGAAGGCUAUGGCGGCUUUUCGAUCUCUGGCUUUGACCCGCGCAGACAAGGCAAACAAGUAGUGAAUGUCUCGUACUCGGUGGUUGGCAACACUAAAUCAUCAUCAUUUACCGUGGCGGUGAAACAUUGGUAG